AUGGGUCUCCAAUCCCUCUUCCGUCGGAAGAAACCCACCUUGGCGACGGCAGGGGGGUCCGCAUUGGCCACCUCGCUGGGGUCGCGAUCCUCGUCAAUGGGGUCCCGAUCCCAGAUCGAGGAGCUGGAGCAGGUGUUCAGGAAGUUCGACGCCAACAGGGACGGCAAGAUCUCAGCGUCGGAGCUGGGGUCCAUCAUGGGCUCCCUCGGCCACCCGGAGACGGAGGAGGAGCUGGCCAAGAUGAUAUGCAAGGUGGACUCCGACGGGGACGGGUUCAUCGACUUCGAGGAGUUCGUGGAGCUGAACACCAAGGGGGUAGACCCGGACGAGGCGAUGGAGAACCUGAGGGACGCGUUCUCGGUGUACGACAUCGACGGGGACGGGUCCAUCACCGCGACGGCCGCUGCUCUGGCGGAAAGGAUAGACAGGGAGAUGGAGCUCGCCAGGGAGGUGGGUCUCGGCGCAGAGAGAGAAGAGAGCGAAGGGGAGAGAGGGGGAGGGGCUACGGUUAUAUUUGGUACCAGGUCAAAAAAGCCCGGCCCGGCCCGGCCCAACCCUAUCCUAACAAAUACCCACAUCUAA